AUGGCGGCCAUGGCGGCGCUGGCGGCGGCGCUGGCGGCGGCCCCGGCUGAGCCUCGUUGAGGGCCGGGACAACCCCAAAACCGGCCCGAGACCCCCCCCCCCGGUAGCGCCUCCGUCCGAGGGGGGGGCCGCAGGAGGCGGAGGGGCCGCGGUGAAGCUGGCGGAGCUGGGGCGCGCCGGGGCCGCGGCCGGUACCGGGGCCGGUACCGGGAUGAUGCGCAGUCAGUGCCUGCUCGGCCUCCGCUCUUUCGUGGCCUUCGCCGCUAAACUGUGGAGUUUCGUGUUGUACCUGCUGAGGAGGCAGGCCCGCACGGUGAUCCAGUACCAGACCGUGCGUUACGACGUUCUGCCCCUGUCCCCAAUCUCCAGGAACCGCCUCAACCAGGUGAAGAGGAAGAUUCUGGUUCUGGACCUGGACGAGACCUUGAUCCACUCCCACCACGACGGAGUCCUGAGACCCACGGUGCGGCCCGGGACCCCCCCCGACUUCAUCCUCAAGGUGGUGAUUGACAAACACCCCGUCAGGUUCUUCGUGCACAAACGACCCCACGUGGAUUUCUUCCUGGAGGUGGUGAGCCAGUGGUACGAGCUGGUCGUGUUCACGGCCUCCAUGGAGAUCUACGGCUGCGCCGUGGCCGACAAGCUCGACAACAACCGCAGCAUCCUCAACCGCCGCUACUACAGACAGCACUGCACUCUGGAGCUGGGCAGUUACAUCAAGGACCUGUCGGUGGUGCACAGCGACCUGUCCAGCAUCGUCAUCCUGGACAACUCACCUGGCGCCUACAGGAGCCACCCAGGUACCCCAAAUAGUCCUGAAAUAUUCCCGAAAAUAUUCCCGAAACGUCCCGAAAAUCCCCGUCCUGAAAUUCCACCAAAAUCCCCGGAAAUCCCCCCAAAAAUCCCGCCCAAAAAUCCCCCCAAAAAUCGCUCUUGGAACCUGCAGGAGCCACCCAGGUACCCCAAAGUAUUCCCAAAAAAUAUUCCCAAAAAUAUACCUGAAAUAUUCCCGAAAUGUUCCAAAGUAUUCCCAAAAAUAUUCCCGAAAUGUCCCGAAAAUCCCCGUCCUGAAAUUCCACCAAAAUCCCCGGAAAUUCCCCAAAAAUCCCACCCAAAAAUUUCCUUCUGGAGCGUGCAGGAGCCACCCAGGUACCCCCAAAUAUUCCCAAAAAUAUUCCCGAGAAAUUAUUCCCGAAAUGUUCCCAAAAUUCCUCGUCCUGAAAUUCCCAAAUUUCCCCUCAAAAUCCCACCCAAAAAUUCCCCCCUUGGGACC